AUGUACUCGAAUACAGAUGUUCCAUUUGGCGAUUCCGCUAUAUAUUCAUUAGCAAAGGAUUAUAGUGACCCUAGUAAUACUAUAGAAGUACCAGAUAAACAAUAUGACAGGAAUCCACAACAUAUUUUAGAAUCCACAGAAUACAAAAGAGUUUGUUACUACACUAAUUGGUCACAGUACAGACUUGGUACUGGGAAGUUCCUCCCUAGUGAUAUAGAUCCAUACUUGUGUACACAUAUUAUCUAUGCAUUUGGUAAACUUCAUGGCAACAUGAUACAGAAACUAGAGUACAAUGACUAUGAACUCCAUGCUCAGCUAAAUGAUUUGAAACGACAAAAUCCAUCAUUAGAAACAUUACUAGCGCUAGGUGGUUGGACCACUGGAAGUGUAAAACUUAAAGAAGCCUUUGAUGCAGAAUCACAUACUUCUGGUUUAGUCUGUCUUCUUUUGACUGCUGCAGUAGCUGCUGGAAAAUACACAGCAGAUACCGCAUAUGAUAUCCUCACAAUGGCACAGUACAUGGAUUUUAUCAACAUUAUGUCUUACGACCUUCAUGGAUCCUGGCAAUCUACUACAGGACAUAAUGGUCCUUUAUUUCCUAAGUCCAAUGAAUACGGCGAUCAGAAAUACUUAAAUAUUAACUUAUAUAAGUUAAAUAAUCUCCGGAUAGACUGGGUUGAUUAA